AAACAACGCGGAAUAAAUUAAGGAAACACUGCAUCCGGGAUGUCCAAGCCGAAAUCUGGCGGCUCUGGCGGCUCUCAGCCGGACUCCUCAUCAGGCCAAAAAAUCGAGGCGAGCAAGCUGUGGAUCCACUGCGGCAGAUGCUACGCCCUGUAUGUGGAUAAGAAGGUGAAGCUCUUCUUCCUCGCCUGCAACCACGUGCUGUGCGAGAAGUGCGUCAAGGUGAAGUCCGGACGCACUCCCUCCGACUCCAACAUCUUCGUGUGCUGCACCUGCCAGAAGAACUCCCACGGCCGCGAAAUUAACAACGAUAUGCCCAAUUACGUGAAGAGGUUCUUCCACACGGAGGCCUUUCAGCUGGCCAGCGAGGCGAUCGACAAGUUCCAGUUGUCCAACCACAGGCACUUUGACAAGUACAAGGAGCGGAAGGAGAUCGAGAUGAACAAACUGGCCAAGGACAUAGCUUUGGCCAAAUCGGUGUGUGAGAAACGCUUUAAGGACUUCAAUAUGAUGCGCGUGGAGCGCAAGAAGCUGUCGCAGAGGACGAAGCUCAUAAAAGAGGAAGCGGCCAAGCAAAAGGCUGAAAUGGAAAGGAUGGCCCAGGCCAAGCUUAACCGCACUUUGGAGUCGCAAAAGUCCUCUUCAUCCGCAAGGGAUACCAUUCAUGGACGCCCUCAUGUUCGUGGAGGCUCCCAGGUCGGCAGUCGACGAAGCUCCAAGGAUUCGGGCCGCGGAACUCAAGCCAAGCGCCCAAAGGUCACCAGCUUCCACCAUCUGCCGAACCACUCGUUCAAUCUUUAAUCUAAUAUUUAAACUAAUAUCGUCAUUAUUUAGAUUUGAAUAAUAGU